AUGACUAUUAGCUAUUCGGACACAUUCGUGAAGCUGUUAUUUCGAUGGAAAGGUUCACUAUGGAAAGCUAUCUGGAAGCAUUUGCUUGUUUUCCUAUUGUUGUACUACACAAUCAAUGCAGUUUAUCGGUUCUGUAUGACAGUGGAACAACAGCAAAUAUUUAUGAGAUAUGUCGUUCUAUUCGAUAGUUGGACCAAAGAAAUUCCACUGACGUUUCUAUUAGGUUUUUACGUAGCGAUGAUUAUUAGAAGAUGGUGGGACUGUUGUCAACUUAUCAGCUGGCCGGAUCAUCUCCUCUAUAAUGUGUCUGCACUAAUACGCGGAAAUGAUGCAGAAACUAGAAUAAUUCGCAAAACAAUUGCCCGAUAUGCGAUUCUUUCUUCGGUUCUGGCUUGGCGGAGCAUUUCCUUGCGGGUUCUCACUAGGUACCCGACAGACGAACAUCUAUUGGAUUCAGGACUGAUAACAAAAGAAGAGCUCGCAUUGUUCAAAACAAUAAAUGUACGUAUCGAUCCUCACCAGAAGUGGUUUGUGCCAAUCAACUGGAUUCAAACAAUGAUGGUGAGAUGUUUCGAGAAAGGGACUCUAAGCCAUACGAAUGAGUUACGUGUGCUACUGGACGCUCUCGAAAAGUAUCGGAACGGUUUCUUUCAGUUGUUCAUUUACGAUUGGAUCGCCAUUCCACUAGUAUACACACAGGUAUCUACCAUUUCUGUUUACGGUUACUUUGCUUUUGCUCUGAUCGGUCGGCAGUUUCCGAGUCACAACGAAUAUAGGGAGGUGGUUGAUAUAUACGUUCCCAUAUUUACCAUACUCCAAUUUCUGUUCUUUGUGGGAUGGUUGAAAGUCGGGGAAGAUUUGAUGUUUCCCUUUGGAGCGGAUGACGAAGAUUUCGAAUUCAACUAUAUACUUGAACGAAAUUUGGAGAUGGCAUUUCUAAUUGUUGACGAUCUUCAUAACCAAGUACCACCUGUGUACGUCGAAUCUCUGGAUGACAAAGUACAGUUGAUGCAUACGCGGGCUUCUAUACAGUUGUCAAAUCAUCCUCAGAGGCAGCACCUCAGAAAAUACAGAAUGAAGCCAGAAGGAAUGCAAAUAUCGAGAGAUAUCUCUACAAGAUCAGAUCACAAGCAUUCUGCUCCAUCUGCCAAAGCAAGUGAGCUGUCUUUUGGUGAUUUCGACUAUAUGGCUAACGGACCACAUAAGAAGAAGGUGCAAAACUAG